UCGAUCUUUAAAUCGGACAUACAAACGGGGUAAUACACCUAUUCCUGUAAUUCUUAUUCUAAGGUCAAGGAUCAGUGUGUAAAAGUUAUUAAUCUAAGACAAAACAAUUUUCAAUUGAAAAAAAAAUGUCACAAGAAGGAAACAAUGAUCCUUUUAAUUCUAACAAUAUUGAAAGCGAAAAUGGAAAUAAUACGAUGGAAAAUAUCGAGGCGCAUAAUAGUGAAUUUAAAUCGAAACGAAUCGAGCGUAGGUUGUCGGUUACCAGUCUUGAAGACGUUUUGACGAUGGAAUAUGUUAAAGAUACCAUUGAAAUAACUGUCUCCGAGCCUCAAAAAUUAGGCGAUGGUAUUAAUUCGUAUUUGGCGUAUAAAGUUACAACGAAAACAAAAAUUCCUAAAUUUGAAGUCCAAGAGUUUAGUACUUUGCGAAGAUUUAGCGAUUUCCUCGGCAUUCACGCAUUAUUAGUUGAUAAAUAUCUGCGACUUGGUCAGAUAAUUCCUCCUGCACCUUCAAAAAAUAUCAUCGGCAGUACGAAAGUGAAAAUGAGUCCACACCAAACUGAUCCUGGAAAUAACUUAAAUAUGGAAUGGGUUGAAAUACGUCGAGCAGCACUUCAAAGAUUUCUCAAUAGAGUUGCUGACCACCCUGUGCUUCGAGUUGAUCUCGAUUUCAUAAAUUUUUUGGAGAGUGAUCAGGAACUGCCAAGAUCAAUAAACACAGCAGUCUUAAGUGGUGCUGGAGUCAUGCGCUUGUUUAACAAAGUUGGUGAAACCGUUAACAAAAUUACAUACAAAAUGGAUGAAAAUGACCUUUGGUUUGAUAAGAAAAUUGCUGAUGUUGAAAACUUAGAUUUAUUACUUCAAAAGUUACAUACAACUUUAAAAAAUUUGGUAUAUGCCAGAAAAGAACUCGCUGCAUCAACUGAACUUGUUGCUAAGUCUGCUGCAAUGCUUAGCACCUGCGAAGAACAUACAGAUUUGUCACGUGCUCUUUCUUCAUUAACCGAUGUUGAAGAAAAAAAUGAAAUUCUAAGGUCUGCUCAAGCUAACUCGGAUUUCUUCAUAUUUUCUGAGAUAAUUAAAGACUAUUUGGGAUUGUUUGGCGCUAUCAAAAGUGUAUUCCACGAAAGAGUGAAGGUUUUCCAAAAUUGGCAACACGCACAAAUGCAACUAACAAAACGCCGAAAUAAGAUAGAAUUGACUGGAAGAAACGACCAAAUGCAAGAGGAAGUUAAUGAGUGGGAGGCAAAAGUUCAAAGAUGCCAGAAAGAAUUCGAUGACAUAUCAAUAACUAUUAAAAAUGAAAUGGAUCGAUUUGAAAUAACAAGAAUUAAGGAAAUUAAAACAAGUGUCCUUAAAUAUGUUGAAGAUCAAAUGGCACAUCAACAUCAGCUCAUUGGCUAUUGGGAAGCCUUUGCUCCUUCUGCUCAUGAAAUUAUGUGACUCAGGGACCCAAGUUAUAAUAGAGGGCUGAAAACAUUCCUGAAUCUUAUAAAUGAUUUAUACAAUUAAUUAUAUAAUACAUUUGCAAGUCUAUUCAAAAAUUGAUAAAAAAAAAUAAAUUGUGGAAAUAAUUUAAAAAAAUAAAUGAAUAUUUACACCUAAAGUUA